AUGCGCGCUGCAGGGUCGACGUGGCUCGCGCCCGCCCCGCCCGCGCAAGGCAGAGGCAGCGCCAGCGCCGCCAGCUCCCGCUUUGAAAGGCCGCUUCCCAGCCGCGGCGAGCGGCGCCAGGCGGAGCCGCAAGAGCGCCGAGCAACCAACCCGACGCUCGAUGAGCUCGGCGCUCCCCGCCAUUUUGGCCGCUUGAGGGGGAGCGGCGGCGGGGGCCGGAGCGACGGUGUCCGGCUGCCUGCGCUCCUCUUCCCCGCCGCGGCCCCAUCCAGCCCGCCUCUGCGGGUUCAGGUACUGGCAUGGGCGCGGGGGGAGGAGGCGGCGGCGGGGGGGGGGAGGGAGGAAGGGCCGCUUCCGGGAGGGCAUCUCCCGAAGUUGGGCGGGGAAGGGAGAGGCUGAGCCACGCCUGGCUGGGGGGGGGGGGGGUGGUCCGCGGCUGUUUCUUUUUGCGGCUUCCUCCUCCCUCGGCUGCCCUACAAUCACAGAAGGGACCUCCAAGGGUCAUCUAGUCCAACCCCCCUGCGAUCCUUCCCACCGCCGACCCUGGGUGGCCUCGAGCCACCAACCUUCUGCUUUAAUAGCCGGAGGCUGUCCUCCCUUUCCACACCUUUUAUUUGCAAACAACAUUUGUUUUUAACCAUUUAAAAACAUUGCAUUUUUAGGCUUCAGCUCUGAAAGAAACAGAAGCGAUUUCUCUCUUUAUUUAAAAAGUGUGAAUCGCGUUUAUUUUGUUUGCUUGAAGGUGUAAAAGGAUUUAGCAUUGCAUUUUCAGGCUUACGCUCCGAAGGAAACGGAAACAAAACGGGUCUUGCUUUGGCGCGGCUCCUCGCCCUCCCUGCAGUCCUGUUUCCCAUGGAGAGAUUUGGAAAGGGGGAGAAGGGCAGGAGGGGUGGGUGGCCUCAGUCUGGAGAUGGUUUCGCCAGCUGCUACCUCUGUGAACCUUCCCUUUCGGGCUUAAAGGGAGGUUGGCUGAUCAGGAAUUCUAGGUUUAGUGUUGGGGUUAGGAAAGUAGAAUCAUAAAAUUGUUGAGUUGGAAGGGAUCCCUAGGGUCAUCUAGUCCAACCCCCAGGUGUGCUCAAGCUAUCAACCUGGCAAACAGGUGCACUGACCCAUAAGUAGCUUACGCUCAGAGUAACUUGCGCAAAAUGGCUUUGGGCUGCCCCUUCUCUUGGGAAGAGUUGAGGAAGCUGCUUUCAGUUGCCUUAAUGAAAAGGUAGCAAAUUGGUUUGUGAUUUGUUGUUGUGUUCUUACUGUCUGAGUGGGAAAGUGAUGGUCAUAAUCAUCAUCAUCAUCAUUCUUAUUAUUAUUAUUGCCUUGGCACCAAAAUAACUUGGCUGGCUGUGCAAGGUUGGCCGCGGAGACACCAUUUGCCGCUUUGCCUCAGGCAGCAAAAUGUCUUGGGCCAGUUCUGCAGCCACUUCUGAAACCAGGGUGCAUAUUGCCUUCUAUGCAAUACUUAACAUUUCCUGUUUCAUAAUUUCAUGACAGAAAUUCAUUCCCUUUACAAAGCUGGUGCAAGGAGAGGAAACUGCAAAGCGCAUAAAAGAUGGUGCUUUUCUCCUGUGGAUUGAGAAGACCAAGAGCACCACCCCUUGCCUGUCUGCAUGGCAGCGGCAAGGCAAACCAACUAGUUUUUUUAAAAUUUUGUGAGGGGUGGAGAGACCGUUGGGCGGCUCUGUCCUCCACCUGUCUGCCACAUGGCAGCAAUGUCCUCUCUGCAAAAGUGGAGUGGGUUCCUGGGCUCCAUCCUUCAGCCACCCAUUCAGGUGUGCCUUUUUUAUUUCUGAAAGGGUUGGAGGAGAAUGGGACUUUCAUUCCCUCACCCUUGCUGUAUGGCAGCUGCAGGAGGCAAGGCCAGAUGUCAAAGGAGAAGUGGGCUAGUCAGAGUGGAUUGGGGUGGUGCGGUGGGCAGGAGACCAGCAGGUAGCACCAAUAAGCUUCUCUUUCUUUGAAAAGAUGGGAUGCAAAGCAGCGGCAGAUACGCUUACAAGUCACUGUUGUUGCGUAACUGGGUUUGCACCACCGCCAGCUGAUUCUGAAUGGGCCACACACAUUUUGCGGGUUGAAGAAGUGGGGAGGAAAACAACCUGUUUCCUUCCAGUUAUUUUCCUGCCUCCUUCCACCCAUACAUUUGCCCUGAAAUUUCUACCUGAAAUCACAGUGCCAAAGCAAGAUUGGAGCAAAAAAAUGGGGGGAGGGGGGAUGCGGAGAUAAGAGGAAAGCAGUUUGCUCCUUUGCAAAGUGUGUGUGACCCACCAGGAUCCAUUAGUGUUGGAGGAAUGAAAUGCCUCUGAUCUCCCUGGGACACACACACACACACACACACACACCCCGCAUUCACAUGAAGUCAUGGUUUGGCAUUGCAUGACCUGUGAACCAGUCCAUUGUGCCUUUUAACAACACUGUAACAGAAUGAAAUAUGCCCACUGCUACAUAUUAUUGUUGGGAAAAGGCACAUUCUUUUUGGCUGUUAAAGCAAGGAAUUGUGUUGUGGUUGAUGUGUUUGGCAAUCCUAGAGCCAUUUCUGCCUCGCCACAGUAUAGCCACGCCAGAUUGAGACAUUCCUGUAACAAUGGAAGGACAAUAAGAACUAUGUGUGUAUAAAACUCUUAAUUUGAUGGUGGAGGAUAUUUUGGUGAAAACAUUCGUUCCAAAUUACCUUUAAUUGAACAUGCAUAUUCAAGAUUUGCUUGCAGCCCAAUCCUAGACACUAAGAAAUGACCUGCAAGAUUGAGUUCUAUGAGAAUUACUUUCAAAUAAGUAAGAAUUGUAGCCCAGUAUUGAUUUCUUUGCCCUUCUGCACUUUACACCACCCAUUUGUACUUACAUUUACAUUCUUACCAACGACUGUUAUAUGUAUAUGGGAAAACAUUGGGACAAUAAGUUUUAUGUUGCCACUAAGCUGCAUGCCUCUCUGUUUUCUUUAGAACGUUUUUUUUUUAAUCAAAACAUUUUCUUGCCACUUUUCUGGGCAAAUGCCCAUCCAAAACAGCUUACGACAAAAGCAACAAAAGACAAAAAUAAACAAUAUUUUUUUAAAAACCUGCUGAAAUUGUAUCUCUGUUUAAACAUGUUUCACCUGUUGCUGAGAGACAGAACACAGAGUAUACAAAGAGCUAGCAUCCUCUUCAUAGAAUCUUAAAAUUGUAAAGUUGGAAGGGACCCCCUUCAAUGCAGGAAUCUCAGUUAAAGCAUCCAUGACAUAUGGCCAUCCAACCUCUGCUUAAAAAUCUCCAGCAAAAGAGAGUACACCAACUGCCGAAGAAGUCCAUUCCACUGUCAAACAGCUCUUACUGUCAGAAGGUUCUUCUUGAUGUUUAGUCAGAAUCUCCUUUUUUGUAACUUGAAUCCAUUGGUUUGGGUCCUACCCUCUGGAGCAGGAGAAAACAAGUUUGAUCCACCUUCCACGACGGCCCUUUAGAUAUCUGAUGCAGCAGCAGCAAAAAAAGCUAAUGCUAUUCUAGGCUGCAUCAACAGAACUAUAGCGUCCAGAUAAAGGGAAGCAAUAGCGCCACUCUAUUCUGCCAUGGUCAGACCACAUCUGGAAUACUGUGUCCAAUUCUGGACACCACAAUUUUAAGAAGGACGUUGACAAGUUAGAAUGUGUGUGACCAAGGAGGGUGACCGAGACGUGUUGUCAACAGGUGGUGCAGAGUUUGUGCAGAGUCCCUGCCACAGAAGUGAUUUGUGGUCAACUCUCACAGGGAAAAGUGUUCAUUCCUAUGCCAGACACCUUUUCCAUAAUAAAUUAGUUGACCCUUCUCGGGCAAGGGUCAUCGGUCAGUGGUAGAGCACCUGCUUUGCUUGCAAAAGGGCCCAGAUUACAUUUCUAGAUAGGACUGGAAGAGAACCCUUUCUGAAACCCUGAAAACCUGCUGCCAGUGUAGACAUUGCCAAGCUAGAUGUACCAACGGUCUGACUCAAUGUAAGGCAACUUCGUAUGUUCCUAUCACACACAUCUCCAAACAUGUAUUCUCUACUUUUUAUAAAAAAUAUGUGCUCAGACUUGGAAGAUUUUUAACCCUCCAUCCAAGAUGACAGGUAUUCUGAUUUUUUUCAAUCUGAAGCUAUGCCCAGUUUGGCACAUACAGAGAAUUUAUCCGUUUUUGAAGAGCUGCUAGCCAGACUUCAGUAAGCAUGCUUGUGACAAGGACAAAGGAGACAAGUGAAAAAAGAUUUUGGGGGGAGAGUAAAUGUGUUGAUACACUUUCUAUUAAGAUGUGUGCUCAUUUCAAGAGAUCCAUUAUUUAAUCAUCAAUGGCAGCUGUCAGUUUAACACAUCCACAAAUGAAAAGGUCGGUGUUCCUUGUUUUUGAAAGAGCAGCUGAGGAUUUGUUUGGCAACUUGUGAUCUUAACUCUGGAAAAAAGAAAGGAAGAAAGCAUGUGGAGGAAUAAGUCGAGCGGUAAUGCAUUCAGUUUGUAAGCAUUGUGAUGUCAACACACGCUGAAGACUCACACAAGCUUUGUGCAGUAGCAAUCUCCACUUGGAUCCAUUUUAUUGGGGGAAGGCUCUCUCAGGUGGAGAAACACUUACCACAAAGUAAAGAACUAUAAAGGGGAUACUUGCAUAGAUAAUCCCCAAAUGCAUAAAGUUGCAUUUUACUAGUAUAUCCAGGCAAAUGAAAAUUAAUUACUAACUCCUAGCUAAGCUGCUGAUAGGAACUUUUAGAGAGCAUUGACUGAACAGUAUGUUUAGCCUGAAGGUGCAAAACAGAAAAAAACUUGUCGUGUAACACAGUUAGCAAUUACUGUAUUAAGUGUUUUGAAGCAGUGUAUGACUGACAAAUCUAGCUAGGCAUUCUGUUUAAUAAAUACAUUUUUAUUGCAUAUAUAGUUCCUUACUUUCUAACCUGUUUCUUUUACUCAAAACACCUUGCAAGAAAGGUAGCAUACAACAAUGUUUAAAUUCUCAUUGUUUAUCCUGUACUCACAGAUGGGAAUAUGCACAUUGUUUUAGUUUCACAAAUGAAGAUUGCCAUUUUAUAGUAGCAGAGCAGGGAACUGUCUCUAUCCAGCAUCUAUGGAGGCACAUGGGAUGCCCCUGCUGCAAGUGUAUUUAACAGAAAGAGGCUGAUGCAGCAAAAAUGAUAACUGAUCUUAAAUCUACCCCCACCUUUUUAGUGAAUCCAAGGUGGAUGUGCUUCAAUUUCAAGAAGAGGGAAGUGUGCUGGUUUCACAUUUGUUGAAGCUUGAUUUUUAAGCAGCUGUGUCGAGUUUAGCCAACAAAAUUGGGAAUUGUCAAAUUUCUUAUCUAUAGUCAGUCUUAUGUUAAUUCUGCUGCCUCUGUAGAAUCAGGAUCAGAGAUUUUAGUCAUAUAGAAAGUAUGGUGCAUUCUUGUCUACUUGGUUGGCAUGGUGGUUUCCAUGAUAAUGGAAUUUUAAAAAUCCUUCUACAAGGAUAUCAAGAUUGAUUCAAUUAAAAUUAAAAUUGUGCUUGGAAUAUGGGACUGUCGUGGUUUUCAUUUGAAUGCUGUCUUGAUUCAGUCUAAACUUCUUUCUUCCAGCUUUCAAACAAACAUCAAAGAUUUCAUCGCCACCGAAUGCAGCAAGCUAGGAAUCAUGGAUCUGAAAUUCAAUUCCUCUCGGAAGUAUGUUUCUAUCAGCGUACCUUCAAAGUCCCAAGCUAUGUCGCCACACAUCAAAUCAGUAGAUGAUGUAGUUGUCCUUGGCAUUAAUCUCAGCAAAUUUAACAAGGCUACCCAGUUUUUCAUUUGCGUUUCUGGAGUCUUUCUGUUUUAUCUUAUUUAUGGAUAUCUGCAGGUAAGUGUUGUAAUUCACUGCUUGUGGUAACGUUUGUGUUUUCUUCUUCAGAAUAAUGUAUUACUCAAUAAAAUUCUAUUGUAAUCUGUAGUGGCUUGAUGCAGAUAUGAGGGCUUAUUUUCUACUGUUACUUAAUUUAUUACCUGUCCGUCACCCAAAGGUUUCAUGAUAGGCCACAGCAGUUUGGAAAUGCAAUUAUCGAAAACAGCUUAAAACAAAUUACAGCCACAAGAAUAGGGUGGGUCCUAAAAAUGUCGAAGUGUCAGUUGUCAAAGUCCAGGGUGAAAAGGUGUGUCUUCAUCAUACAACAGAAAGCAUAUAAACAAUAUAGUGGAGAUGCCACAUGCAACACCUCUUCGGGGAGGCAGUUCCACAAUUUAAGCGCUGUCGGUGAGAAUGUCCUCUCCCACACUACCAUUAUCCUGAAUGUCUUGAGGGCAGUAGAACCACGAGAUGUCUUCCAUCUCGCCAGACCCAGAUCUUAGCUGCAGCUGGCAAGACACAACUUGGGACCUGUUGUCCUGUCUUCACAUACACAGUGAUGGGGUCUGAACCGGCUGUGAGUAACAAGAAUUAGAUUUGGGAAUCUUGGUGUAUGGAAUGGAAACAUCAGAUUGGUGUGCAGCUUCAGUAAAAUCUCCCAAGGCCAUGUCUGAGAUUAUUAGAGAAAGAGAAACACCAGUAAAAUGUGCCCAUAGCAGAUUGAUAUGAAUAACACACUGAAUAAUGUGUACGGUUCUGGUUGCCACAUCUCUAAAAAAUAUACCAUCGGCUGGAAAAGGUGCAGCAAAGGGUAAUGAAAAUAAUAAUAAUAAUAAUAAUUUAUUACUUUUACCUCACCCAUUUAACUGGGUUGCCCCUGCCACUCUGGGCAGCUUCCAACAGAAUAUAAAAGAACACACGAGACCUAAGACAUUAAAAGCUUCCUGCCUUCAAAGGUCAUAUAAUUGGUUUUUGAUAUCUGAUGCGAGGGCAUUCCACAGGGCGGGCGCCACUACUAAGAAGGCCCUCAGAUGGCCUUACCAUCUUAGUAAAGUUUAAAAUGAUUUAAUGCUUUGUAGUUGAGGGGGGAAAUAUGACUAGGGGAUGGAGGGCAUGAUAGGAGUUUAUAAUGUUAUGAAUGGUGUAGAGGAAGGACAAAGAAAAUUCUCUUAUAACACUAGAAAUUGGGAUCACCCAAGGAAACAGGUUGAUAAGAGUCAGGACGGACUAAACAAAGAACACAAUGCAUAAAUCAUACAGGGAAUUCUCUACAGCAAUGAUAGCAAUGGCCAAUAACUUAGAAGUCCAGAGACAUAAAUGGCUACAUGAUAGCCAAAUGGAAGCUCCAUGUUAGGAAGCAGUAUGAAUCUAGAUGCUGAGGAGCAAAGUGUUGAGAGUGGGCCUUAUUUGUCUCAUCAGUCUUAGAAAUGGAAGGCAGGCCUAGAUGGACUCAUCAAGUAGGGUUUUCCUUAUGUACUUAUGUGAUGCUGGAGUCUUGCACAAGAGAUGAGUAGAUGAAGGGGACGUUUCUCUGAAUUUAAAGCCCACCCAAUGUGCCAACAAAAUAGGAUAUCUAAUGCUGGUGCUUGCUUUUCACACUGAUGUUCAGAAACAAAGUACAUGAAUUAAAAACAAGUCAGAAAGAGUAUUCAAAUUAAUACCAAGUCUUAACUUGACAGGAUGGUUAGCCAGACUCAUUAAGCUAAUGAUAAUUCUGUUCAAUAUUUUUAAGUUGGGAGGCAAAAAAAUGUUAAAGCAAAUUUCUGAGUAAGUCUAAUUUUAAAAGUUAAAAAUAUACAACAUGGUCACAUAGGCAAUGUUUUAAAUAUAAUGUUUCUCUGUUUUCCCUCUUCCAGGAACUGAUAUUUUCAGUGGAAGGUUUUAAACCCUUUGGGUGGUAUCUUACAUUAGUGCAAUUUGGGUUUUAUUCCAUUUUUGGACUCAUAGAACUACAGCUUAUUCAGGACAAAAGGAGACGGUAUGAUAUUAUCUAUAUAGUCUUACUUUUUCAGAUUAUUAUGUGGGUUUAAUUUGAUUAACUAUUUAACCAGAAAUUUGUGAAGUUGAAUUGGGGCAGGAAUCAGUCAAAUAUUAUUUCUAAACAUUUUGUCUGAUUUAGUGAGAUUCCAUGACAAUGCCCAUGGUGUUGACUUGUGGAGCUGUCAGCCCAAUGAAAAAUGAGCAUUGAAUUUCUCUCCCUCCCCUCUUAAUGUGGGGAGGUGCUUUAAGAUCACUUAAUUGGCACAAAUUUAAAAAUUAAUAAAAACAUAGCAACAGAUGCAUACAUUUCUCGUUUAUUUUAUACUGAAAAAGAGAAUCAUUUUUCUUUGUGGCUUUUAUAAUCUGUUCACAUCACAUGCUAGAUGUCAGCUGAUUCCCGAGUUUCUGAAAUAUUUGAGUCGUGUUACAAUGGAAACUCCUGCAAAAAGGCUAGGGUCCAACGGACUGUAUGGGGAGCUUCCAUGCAUGAAGCAGACCUUACUGAUCAUAGAUCUCCCAUCCAGUAACUUCUAAGAAGUUACUCCUGAAAUCUGGAAGACCUGUAAGAGCAGCCUUCCAGUUCAAUCCAAAGGCCGCUCAUAAAAGAAUGUGGGCUGUUCAUAUCCCAACUCUUCUUUGGGCAUUAAAUUUUUUUUCUAGGGCUGUAUAAUAUACAGAGUUCAGGGGUUUGAGGUUUUAUAUUAUCUGAACCUACAGGAAAGUCAAUAUUCUCAGGACAGUUAUUUUGGAUUAAUCCCACUGAUUGGUACAGAAUAUGUUGUAUUCUGCAUGUCUGUGUAGGGCAAUGAAUGAAAGGCAUGAAAUAUCAUGCUUUUAUAUCUUCCGUUGUAAAACAGAAUAAAUCGCCAACAUAGUGGCAGUAAAUGAUAAUACAGUAGUUAAGUUUUCUGAUUUAUUAUAUCUAAUUAAAUAAAAAAUAAAUUCAGAUUUCAGCACUAUUUUGAAUUCCAUUAAAAGUCACCAGUUUGAUUAAUAAUCUUUACUUGCCACAAUAUUAAAGCCUCUCUUUUAGUGUUGACAUUUGCUCCCCAAUACAGAGCUUCAUUUAUAUUUUCCAGGAUCCCAGGCAAAACCUACAUGAUAAUAGCUUUUCUAACAGUGGGGACAAUGGGUUUAUCAAAUACCUCCUUAGGAUAUCUGAAUUAUCCUACACAAGUAAUCUUCAAGUGCUGUAAACUGAUCCCAGUUAUGAUAGGAGGAGUCUUUAUACAAGGUAUGCCUUAUUCUUGCUAUUGAAUGCUAUUCAUUUCAGAAAAUAAACUUGUAAAGACCCAGCAGUGGUUUAUUCCCUAAACCCUCUCUAUCCAUUGCCUCCCUAUAGAGGUCUUAAGUUACUUUGAAAUCCUGGAUUGAUUUUGAAUUUGAGUCAAUAACCAAAAUGAAUCAAAACAAAACUGCAAAGGAGGCUAGAAGCAGCUUGUAGGAUGGAGAAUCUUAGAAUGUGAUUGGGAAAGUAUUUUUAUGCAUUCCUGAUUUAGACUGUCCAAAAUGUAAAUAGCUGGUAAUUGAGGCAGAAUUAUUAUCUGAACUUGCAUUGAGUGUCUCUUGAGACCUAUAGUCCUCCAUUACACUCUCUCUCUCUCUCUCUCUCACACACACACACACACCGUAGUUAACACUGCAGGGUUGAGUCUUGCUUUUGGGGAGGCUCGUGGUGGUGGCUUCACUUUGAAAAAGUUUGACAUUUCUUGCCUGAGCCUAGAAUAAUUUAUCUACUAACUCCAUUCAUGAAAUCCCCAAGGUGCUACUGCUUUCAUUGGAUGGAGAGUGGCUCACUUAUAUGGGUUAUUUUUACUCUAUGAGAAACCUAGGAAAACCGCCUUUGGAAUUGGCAUUCUGCUGCUUUCAGCGUAGCAGGAUAGUUUUUUUUUAAACAGCUAGGAACAGUUGUAAUAAUUGUUGGUUUACUUAAUGAUAAAGAAGUUUGAUUUCAGAGAUUGAUUUCAGACUUGAAAUCCUCUUUACCUGUUAAACUAAACAUUCUAGGCUCAACACUUCUUAAUACCUUUGAAGCGUCUAGAAUGGGAGGUGAAACAUACCGCCUGCAAAAUUCCAGUAUCCACAUGCCCCAAAAUUUUAGACAUUGUUACAAAACUAUAUGUUAAAAAGUUUCAAGUCUGGCAGAAAAUGUAUCUGUAGGCCACCUAUUUUGAUACUAGGUGUCAGGAUAUUGCCACCGAGGGCUGGUUCAUAUGUUCCUCCAGUGGCAUGGUUGCUGCCUCUGCAUUGCUACGUCACACAACAGUCCAGCAAAUGUACGUACCAUGGAGACAAAGGAUGCUUCUCAUGCCAGUACAGUUGCACCUUGGAAGUCGAAUGGAAUCUGUUCCAGAAAUCCGUUCAACUUCCAGAACGUUUGGAAACCAAAGCGUGGCUUCUGAUUGGCUGCAGGAAGCUCCUGCAGCCAAUCGGAAGCCCCGUUGGACGUUCAGAUUCCAAAAGAAGGUUUGAAAACCGGAACAAUCAAGCAGCGUUUGGGAGCCAAAACGUCUGUGUUCCAGGGCGUUCGGGAUCCAAGGUGUGACUGUACUCUGGGCUCCCAGGGAGGGGGUGCACUGACGCAGAGUGUAACUCUAUCCAUGCCUUCCAUUGGAUCUUUUUAUUAUAUAUGUUACUGCACUAGUGUGGAAAAAGACUACACUCAAGCAGCAACAAGGUUGAUAAUGAGAUUUAGGAUUUGGCCCCAAGAACUUGAGUUAGGCGGUGAAUUGAAUAUUUAUUUACUUGCUGUGUACUCAAUACCAAAUGAACUGAAGAAUUAAAUCUUCUAUCAUUGCAUGGUGUCAACUUCUCCCUUUUUUCCUGCACAGGAAAACGUUACAAUAUUGCGGACGUUUCUGCUGCAGUGUGUAUGAGCUUGGGCUUAAUAUGGUUUACUCUAGCUGACAGCACCAUUGCACCGAAUUUCGACUUAACAGGUAAAAUCUUUAAUGAAGAUUUGUCCUCUGAUAGGAAUUGAUGUGUUUUUGGAGAAGAAAACUGGCGUAUCUCCAGCUGAGCCAGGCUGGGGGACGUCCACUGGCAUAGGCCAGCUGAGCUGGGAACCUGCUUGGCUGAGCUGGAGAUCUGCCAUGUCCUAACUCUCUCAUCCCAGUGGAUCUAGGAUUAUGGAUCUAGGAUUAGGACUGUGCCCUAAGAGCCACUGAGAAAAUUUCUGUAGAGCUUUUUGGUCCAGUAUAUCUGAAGGAGCAUCUCCACCCCCAUCGUUCUACCCGGACACUGAGGUCCAGCGCUGAGGGCCUUCUGGCGGUUCCCUCACUGCGAGAAGCCAGGUUACAGGGAACCAGGCAGAGGGCCUUCUGGGUGGUGGCACCCGCCCUGUGGAAUGCCCUCCCACCAGAUGUCAAAGAGAACAACAACUACCAGACUUUUAGACGACAUCUGAAGGCAGCCCUGUUUAGGGAAGCUUUUAAUGUUUAAGGCAUUACUGUAUUUUAAUAUUUGGUUGGAAGCCGCCCAGAGUGGCUGGGGAAGCGCAGCCAGAUGGGCAGGGUAUAAAUUAUUAUUAUUAUUAUUAUUAUUAUUAUUAUUAUUAUUAUUAUGAAGGAGAAAUUCCUUGUUGGUUUUACCAAAGAAUAAGAAAGAGCUAUUUUCAUAAUGGUUGAAGAGGUCUGGUUUGGAACCCAUUCCCCUGAAGUAAUACCAGCCAGCCAUAUACCCCUUUGCAUUCUGCUCGCAAUAUAACAGAAUGCGGUACUUUUCCAUAUUGCAUCCUAGCUUUAUUUUUUAAUUAAAAUUUCAAUUUUAAAUUAGACUUUUCCUGAUUAUUCAAUACUUCACUUGCAGUCAGCCUGGGAAUAUACUUUCGCAUGCAAUUUUCUAUGUGGAAAAUAAAAAUUAAAAAGACAGGAAAAUGAGUUCUGCAAAGCAGAACCCUUUGCUGAAUAGCAGUCGAACUCCACGACCUUUACAAGAUGCAUACUUAAUGAAGCAGGAGACUAUGCACUUUGAGGGCAAAGCUGAUCCCAUAUGUCUGUUUCCAAAAAAAAAAAAAAAAGUAAAGCCAUCGCUUUCCUUCAAUGCUUAAUAUUACCGCUGGUUUCUACAUGUGUGUAUUUGCUGUACAAAAAAAGAGAUGGUGUUUAGGACUCUGAGUAAUUAUAAACAGGUUUUUACUUUACUCCCAGAAUUUGGGCAUGUAAUGCAACAGGCUUGUAUAUUUCUACUUUUAUCAGUAUUGUUAUUAUUUUCUUAAGAGAAAUGAAUUGUCAACCCAUUAGGAGAUGGAAGGAGGAACAUAUAACCCGUGGAUCCGUACAAUAAAGUAGCCUGAACGUGUAGGGAUGGUGCCAGGUGUCCUCCCUUUUCUCGGAGGUUUUUGCUUUAACCCCCAGUCUUUAUGCACAGCUGCAAUGAAGUUUAUGUAAACUGCAUUUGCUCAUAUUUCUUAUGUUGACCUUGCCUUCCCCCUUCAUCUGUUUUGCCACUGUCCAAAUUUAAAUUCCCUUGAGAUAGGGAGUUGGUUUUCUUUCUUCGCUUGUGCUUUAAAGUAUUGUGUACAUGGAUGGUAGGGUGUAGAACAUGGGUAGGUAUACUAAAGUCCCGGAGGCUGGAUCUGGCCCAAUCGCCUUCUAAAUCUGGCCUGUGGAUGGUCUGGGAAUCAGCGUGUUUGUACAUGAGUAGAAUGUGCCCUUUUAUUUAAAAUGCAUCUCUGGGUUAUUUGUGGGGCCUGCCUGGUGUUUUUACAUGAGUAGAAUGUGUGCUUUUAUUUAAAAUGCAUCUCUGGGUUAUUUGUGGGGCAUAGGAAUUUGCUCAUUUUUUUUCAAAAUAUAGGCCGGCCCCCCCACAAGGUCUGAGGGACAGUGGUCUGGUCCCCUGCUGAGAAAGUUUGCUGACCCCUGGUGUAGAACAAAUAACGUUUACACUACAGCAGGAAAUUCAGUCUGCCAAUUCAGAUGUCACAGUAAAACCAGGGUUGGGCAACCACCAGUCUGUGGGCCAAAUAUGACCCACCAGAUCAUUCCCCCUAAAUGGCACCUUACCUGCCCCCCUCCCUGGUGUCAUAUGUGGGGCAGGUAGAGUGGGAGCUGAUUCAGCUACUUGACCAAGUUCCUCGGCUGAUAGGUGGCGAGUUCAAGCCUGCUUGGUUUGGCUGCAGAAGUUAUCCACUGGGAACCUGUGCAUGCAGCUGAUCCCCACAGAAAGCAGGCUUUAAUUCCCUCCCUCUCAGCUGAUGGGCGAUGGAGUUUAAGCCUGCUGAUCGGCAGCACUUUGAAACACUGUGCAAACCUUGUGUAGUGCCGUGAAGUCACUAUUUUCCUGCAACCCCGUGGACCACCUUUAACAGGUUUGUGGGAUAACUCACCUGAUGUCAUUAUGAUGGGUGGAGAUGCCCACUUGUCAAAAUUUGGUAGCAAAGUGGGGGAAUAUGAAGAACCUAAAGGUUAUCCACCCUUGCACUGACUUAUAGUUUAGCAUGAUAUGAACAAAUCAAAACAAGCCUUGAGGUUAAACUCUGCCCUUUGUCCCUCCUCCACAAGGAAUUCAGAACUGUUCAAUUUUGUUUCUGCUUAACUGUGGCUUAUUGCAUUGUCAACGGUGGCUAAUGUUAACAUCACAAGUCAACAUCAAACCUAAGCAAACGCUUCAAAACUCUUCCUUGUAAUUGUGUGAGCAAGGAGCACAGAAUGCAGUUUGAUCUCAUCACUACGCUAUGGUUUUGUUGACAUCCCAGUACGGCCGUUGUGUUCAAAUUUGCCUUGGGUCCUGCUAAAAAAUUAUGUGUCUCGAGCAAAAUGUUGUGCUGUCACUGUGCUGAAAUAAAGUUUUCAUAAGUCAGUCACAAUGUCAAGUUCUUAACUUGCCUUGCAGUGCAUGCAGCCCUAUUCCUGGUCACUAAAUAAUAUUAGAUUUCCUUUCACUAGUUUAUAAUCAAAUUGUUGUGGAAGCAUUUACACUCAAGCUUGUAUUAUUCUUAGCUGAAGCAUUUUUUGAGUUGCAUAAUUUAAUCAAAAUUCUUUAAACAUUCACAUUGUCAAGGGCAAAUCUAUUUACAUGUGACAGCUUUUGCCCAAGGAGACAAAACUGAGCUUUGAGGUUAAACGGAACUUGUAAUUUUUGCUGAUACAAAUGUUAGAAACAUAAAAACUGAGUGAAUUUAAAGUAUUGGCUGUGUGAACAGUAUCACCCAUAUUGUGUCCAUCAAAGACUGGAAAAUUAGAUUUAAGGCUCUUUUAAUAGUAUUGAAGAACAUGGUAAGCGAUGUUGUGUAAAAAUGGGGAAAUAUAAUAAGCCUAAAUAUGCAGCAAUACAGAUUCUGUUAAUUUUAUUAAUUAAUUGAUUUGAUUGAUUUAAAAUGUUUAAAUGUUGUUGCACGUCAAGCAGUUGUUGCUUUCUUUGCUAUCUGGAAAGAAUAUAUAUUGCAAAGUAUAUCCCUCUAAAUGUUUGUCUUCCCUUCUGCUUCCCCCCCCCUCAAAAUGGAGAAUAUGGUUGCUUUUGUGUUGUUCUUUGUAUCAUAUGUAAAAAGCAGGUCUUACACAGAUUUUAAUAGUGCAGAGAAUAAGAGAACGUAUAACCCUUGUUUUCUAAACUCCAAUCAGGAGUGCCAAAUUGGCCCCAUGGCCCUGGCACAGAAUUUUGUGGGUGCUCGGCCCCUUCAUGGGGAACUUUGUGGGCGCUCAGGCACCCAGGGCCCCAGGAAGUUGGCACCUAUGACUCCAAUAGGUCUACAUCAGAAGAACCAUGGGCAAUAUUUAUUUGUGGCAUCCCACUUGCACAAAUGAGACAAUUCCAGUUUUGGUGAGGAGGAGAGAGAGUUUGAUCUGGCAGGCAAAAACGCUUGCACUGACAGAACAAUUGCCUUAGUGCAACACUGAAUUCUAUGCAUAAUGUUAGAGUAUGUGCCUAUUGCUUUAUUUUAUGUUAUGUCCUUUUCUGAUUCCUUAAAGGUGUGGUCCUUAUAUCCCUUGCCCUCUGUGCAGACGCCGUUAUAGGAAACGUGCAGGAAAAGGCUAUGAAGUUGCACAAUGGCUCCAACUCUGAAAUGGUAAAUGUUCCCCUUCUAUAAUUUCAUUCAGUUAUGGGAGCUGUGGGGUGGAGUUCUGUUCUAUUUCUGUCUACUAUUUUAAGUCGGUCAGCCAUGAUUAAAAAAUGUGCAUUGCACUGAACACAUAGGUGAUCUGAAAACAUCACAAAAACAUCGAGGAAUGGGGUAGGGCAGGGGUGGAACAGAGUGUUUUCGGGCUUUGUUAACGGUGUUUCAAAUAUACGUGAUUUCACUUUAGAGUGCGGUGCCUCGGAACAUAACCCCCACAUAAAUGGAGGGUUGCCUGUACAGGAAUAGUCCUGUCUGGUUGUUGCCAAUAGUAAACAUUUGUUGCUCUGGCCUAAGUUAAUGGCAAGAGAAAUUGUGAAUUUAAAAAUAAGAGACCGGAGCACAACUUCAGACAGAGUUUUAUUAAAAAUUAAAAGAUUUGUCUUCACAGCCAGCAACUACUGCUGUGUAAAUUUGGUAAGACCAAUGCACGCAAUUGCCAUUUAAUUCAUGAUAACUGUAACUAUCACUCAGAACAUGACUGUAUAAAAUGGCAGAUCUGUUAACCAGAGAAUCACCUUGUAAGUGUAUAUCAAUUGCCAGUUGAGGCGUGUUUAUCAAGCAAGUCACUCAGAAGCUAAUAUCUGAGGUUAUUGCCUGUAUUAUACUUGAAAAACGUAACUUUCAAAAGAGAUUACAUUCUUCCAGCAAAGAGAUGUGCUAAUAGAGCGCACAAUAUAUAUGGCGUUUUAAAAAUACCACAAGAUUAAAAUAAUUUGUUUUUGUAACUAUUCCAGGUUUUGUAUUCCUAUUCAAUAGGUUUCCUGUAUAUUUUAUUGGGACUGACAUGCACUAGUGGCUUAACCCCUGCAGUAACAUUUUGCUCAAAGGUAAAUAAUUUUUUUCCAUUAAAAAAGUGUGAUUUUCCCACCAUUCAUGUGCUGUUAGAUUAUUUUUGACCAAAUCACAUUACUAGGCUUUGCAUUCCUGCUUGAACAUUUUUUUUAUAAUGCUUUGAUGAUUUUCACUGCACUUGAUACUUUUCUUAUGAGUUGGUGGUUUAUAAAUACUGCAAGAAAGAAAGGUGCAUUAAAGUUGAUUCUGUGAUCCACUGACUUGGGUAUUUGUACCCAGCCUCAUCAGAAAUUACUUUUAUUCUUCAAAAAGUCCAGGAGUAAUUUUUUUAUCAUUUCAUUAUGACUUUUCUCAAUUUUCCAAUAAGAAUAAAUAAAAUCCUGACUGAUUUAAGAUUUAGUUACUUUUGUUCGGGCAGUUGAUUAAAGGCAUUUGUUUCAUUUUGCGGUACCUCGGGGUUGUUUUGCAUCUUCCUCCGUUUAAUAUUUUGUCUUGUUCCUGCAGCACCCAGUUCAAACAUACGGCUACGCAUUCUUGUUCUCCUUGACUGGCUAUUUUGGAAUCUCUUUUGUCCUAGCCCUGAUUAAAAUCUUUGGAGCUCUUUUAGCUGUGACAGGUACAGUUCAUUUUUUUAGUUCAUAUUUUAAUAUAAGAAUUGAAUAAAAAAUCCUGAUUUGGGAUAAAGCUUGUACAUUAUUCUUGCUCUGUCUCCUGUUCUUUUGUUCUGUGAAUGGUUUAAUGGGUUCAUGUGGUGAGGGGUAGCGUGUCUUAGAUUGUUUUGAUCCAAUGCUUUCACCUACAAGACUGCUUGCGCAAAUACAUAGAUCAUUGCAGCAGAGGUAAAUGUCACCUUCCACACAUUUGCAAUUCAAAAAUGCACGGCAGAUAUGUAUUAAAUGGAAAAGAAAUGUGUAUAAAAGCAAAUGAGGUAGAGAAAAAGAAAUGAUUAAAUUAUAACAUCUCUAAGCUCCUUGACUGUAAAUUGGGGAGGGGGGGGAGUGUCUUUCAUUUUUCCUUACUUCAACAGGAUUCCAAUUAUAUACGAAUAAGAAUUCUGUCAAUUCAGUAGCAUUAAAGCAUUACAUUCACUGCUCAGUUAUACAGGCAUGACAAAUAUGUUCUCCGAAUCAAUACUGAAAAUAAUUUGGUGGUGGGUGGGACCAAAUAUUAACCUUAGAAAGGGGGUGGGGUGAGAAGCUCUAGAAGGAUCCUAGACCCAUCUAUCAAGCAGAUAAAAGUCUUGGUUUGGUUAAAAAAAGGGAGGGGGAUAAGAUAUUAAGCUUUAUCUUUUUCUCUCUAAACCUUAAUAAAAUUUAUUUUAGAAAAAUUCAUCAAACAGAUUUCUGGGGCUAGUCUUUGUAUAUUAAAAGCACAUGUUGCCUUACUUUAAAUCCACAUCCAAGAAUUUUCCCUGAUAGCAUUGUAGGCUUGGAAAGAAUGAUCAAGUGACCCACAUUGGACCAGAUUGCACUGGUGAGGAGAUGGGUCUUUUGGCCUUGUACCCUAUAGUCCAGCGGGCAGGGGGAUGUUUCCACUUGCCUGGAAACAUUUCCAGGCAUGUUUAGGUCCAGAGGCAAGGAGUCUGUGUCUGCACUAGGACAGAGAAGGUGAAAAGGAUUAUUUACCCCCCUACUCCAAGAUGUUGGGCCCCAUCAGCCCCCGCUGGCAUGGCCAGUGGUCAGGGCUCAUGGGUGGUGAGGUCCAGACACAUCGUGAAGAGCCACAGGAUCUCUAAUUUCUGCACUAGGGUCUUGGUCCUAAGCCUUCCCUGGAAGCAGCUGUAUAUGCAAACCCAUUUAGAGAGGAGUGUGUCAGCAAGAAUAGAAAGGGUUGCCAUCUGCCUGGUUGUUUCUGAAGGCUGUUGCGGUCACUUUGACUGGUGCCAGUGCCAAGCAUGCUGCAGUAUAGUUGUUUAAAUGGCACACAGGCCAGUGCUUCAUAUUACUUUUCCAUUUGUCCAGCAGAGGAUGCAGUUUUGGCAGCUAUACAAGUCUCCACUUUUAUACCACAGCAGCUAAAGUGUGGGAUUAGGCUGCCCAAUUGUCAGCCUUCAUUGAGCCCUGCCAUUAGGUAAAUGCAGUUAAGAGACCUGGAAAAACAAUGCUUUUUUAUUUUUAAAAAUUGCAUAAAUAGGAGGAACAGUCUCCUCCUCUCCAAUUAAAGUCAGGUUCCCCUUUUCAUUCUAGCAACAAACACCUGAAUAACCUUGGACAAAUCGCUUCACCUUCUCGUGCCUCCAUUUUUCAUUUUUUAUAAAAUGGGAAUAAAAUAUUUAACACAUCCAUAAAGAAGUGCUUUGGCUAUCCAUUGAAGAAGAAGGGGGGGAAAGUUCUGUGUUACUGCUGCGUAUUAUUUCAUUGCAGGGGAUUGUGGCAGAAUGAGACAGAUAUACGGUAUGGUGAAAGGCUGAUAAGACGCCCUAUAAAAAAGGCUUCAUAACUACAAAAUCUUCUGCUCAAGCCGAAGACUGACAGGCAGCCUGAGCAACAUAAUUUGCUGACCUUGUUGUGCCUGCAGGGGAAUUCCAGCAUGCACAGUCAUAGACCCUGUGAAGUCUGCUUGGGUGUAUAGAUGCCUAAAGGUGCUGUGAACGAGGAGCUUGCCAUGGGCUGGAGCUGUAGUAACCAGCCAGCGAUGCUGCAAGAUUUAUUAGAGCAACCGAUCCAGUUGAUAGAUUGAUCAUCUGCCUUUUUUCCCAGUUAAUCAGUUGAAUCGGUUAGACAGUAGGUGCCAUUUUGAGAUACUGAAGGAAGGAAGAGACUUGCAGUUUACAGUGGUACCUCGGGUUAAGUACUUAAUUCCUUCCGGAGGUCCAUACUUAACCUGAAACUGUUCUUAACCUGAAGCACCACUUUGGCUAAUGGGGCCUCCUGCUGCCGCCGCGCUGCCAGAACACGAUUUCUGUUCUCAUCCUGAAGCAAAGUUCUUAACCUGAAGCACUAUUUCUGGGUUAGCGGAGUCUGUAACCUGAAGCAUAUGUAACCCGAGGUACCACUGUAUUAUAGAACCAAACCUUACCACUCACAGUUAGGCAAACUACCUUUAAUGCAUUUAAAAAAAAACAAAAAAACCCUAUUGCAGUUAUGAAUCAUGAUCAAAACAAGCAUAAAGCAUAACUGGAAACCUCACCAAUGACAAUGUACUCUUGUCAAUUAAAAUUGGUUCCCCAUUGAUUAAGCAACUAAACCUUUUGCUGACUGAUCCACAAAUUUAAAGCCCGUGUUAUGUAGUUAGACACAAGAGAUCCCAUGCAAUGAUUUUGGUCUCUCUGGUUCCUUUUCUUCACCACCUCUGGGUGACCAUGUAUCCCAAAAAUUUGGGACCCCUUUAGAAGCACCUUCAAGCAUUGCACAUCAUCAUGCCAGCUGAGAGAGCCUGCCAUGAGAGCUUUCUUCCAGCAUUGGAUCAGAGCUCUAGAUCAAGCAGAUCUUUUGUGUGUCUCUUUUUUAAGAAAAGGGUUAUGGUUUUUAUAUUGUGACUGCAGCCUGGUGAAUGUUGAUAAAGUUAUUAUUGGAAUAACUUUACCUUGAUGCUUUGCCGUUACAUAGACCGCGCACUGUGGCAGAUGUAAAGCAGCACCCAUGUGGCCACCAGCCCUCUAAAUCCAGAGAAGAUUAGUAAAAAAUCAGAUGUGAAAACAGUAGAAUAAGUUGGUGAUACCUAACUUAAAUGCCAUUCAUUCUGAUGGAGCUGAAGUGCAGCUAACUUUCUCUGUAUUGGGGGCCAUGAUGUCAGUCUAUUGCAAGUAAAUGCAAGCUGCAGUAAGGCAUGAGGUUGUAAUUACCGCAUUUGCCAUCCUUUGCAUGAUGCUUCUGUUCUGGUGCAUUGAAACUGUAUUUUAGUUGGGAUGGAACUAAUGUUUUAAUGGACUUGUUUUCCUUCAGUCACAACAGGAAGAAAAGCAAUGACAAUUGUACUUUCUUUUCUGUUUUUUGCAAAGCCAUUUACAUUCCAGUAAGUAUCCAUCUACACGUAUUGACUUUAAUUAAUACACCUAAUGUAUGUAAUGUUGUGAUUUAAAUGUAAUCACCGAACGCAUCCUAUAAAAAAAUUUGAUAAUUUAUGGCCCACCUGCAGGGAUUUUUUAUUUAUUAAUUAUUUUCCACUUGUAUCCCACCUUUCCUCCAUGGAGCCCAAGGCAGCAGAGAUGGCUCUCCCAUUCUCCAUAUUGUCCUCACAACGAUGUUGAGGGUUAGUGACUGGCCCAAGGUCACUGAACUUCCUGGUCAAGUGGGGAUUUGAACUCUGGUCUCCCAAGUCCUAAUCCUGCAUUCUAACCACUACACCCCAUAAGCAAGCCUAUGCUUUGCUACACCCACAGUGGGAUUUCUGUUUUUGUUCCGUCCUUGACUCGUGUGGGGUGCAUGAGCUUAAGACAUGAAGAACAGAAGCAAGAACAGAACUAAGGGGCACUUGGAUAAAUUAAUUUGAUACAUGGCUAUAAGUGGGAGGUUGUUAAUUGUUUGGCAGAAACCCCAAAAUUAUAUGCCAUCACAAACGUAAACGGACUUUUAAAAUGAAUUAAGGCCCCACCCAAAGAAGAUGUGUGCUUUGUUAUGUGUUCAGGAGCCAGCGUGGUGUAGUGGUUAAGAGCGGUGGACUCGUAAUCUGGUGAACCGGGUUCGAUUCCCCACUCCUCCACAUGCAGCUGCUGGGUGACCUUGGGCUAGUCACACUUCUCUGAAGUCUCUCAGCCCCACUUACCUCACAGAGUGUUUGUUGUGGGGGAGGGAGGGAAAGGAGUUUGUUAGCCGCUUUGAGACUCCUUAAGUGAAAGGCGGGGUAUCAAAUCUUCUUCUUUUCCUAAUCAGUCUUCACCGGGGUUGAUAAUGUUUGCCCACCUCUCCACCAGGUACGAUGGGGGGGGGGCACUCAGUUGCUCUCCAUACAGAGAUGGAGCUGAAGAGCCCUCCCCCCCCCAUAGAGAGCCGCCUCUUUUUUGUGUGUGUGGCAUCCUUCCUUCCAAGACCCAUACACAGAAGGCAGGCAGUGCUUAUUGUCACUAACAAUAAACCUUUAUAGGUAUAGCAGCGAAGUGUGCACCCAAUUUUUAGAGCAAAAACAAGUCCUAACUCUCACAAAAUUUGGAAAACGCACAUUUUGUAAUAGCAGUGAACUGACGUGUGAAAUAAAUGGAAACCUUGGUUUCGGAGAGAAUACAAAUCGAACUUGCUAUAUGGAAAUUAGAAGAUGCAUUAUAAAUCUUAGACUCAUAGGUUGGAAGGGACCACAAGAGUCAUCUGGUCCAACCCCUUGCAAUGCAGGAAUCUUUUGCCCAACAUGUGGCUUGAACCCACAGCCCUGACAUUAAGAGUCUCAGCUCUACCGACUUCAGCUACCGAGGCAGAUGAAUACUUACGGAAGCUAAUUUUUUCGGUCUACCAUAAUCCUCCACCCCUUUACAAAUUCAAUUUUAAAUUCUGGGACUACUGCUUUGCUUCCUACAAGACCCUUGCCAUACAUACAUACAUACAGUUGCUAAUGUGUUUCUCCACCCCUCUUUCUCCAUUUUAGGUACGUGUGGUCAGGCUUGCUGGUUGUCCUUGGUAUAUUCCUCAAUGUUUACAGCAAGAACAUGGAUAAACUCAGACUCCCUUCAGUGCGCAGUCUCUGGAAUAAAUGUACCGAAGAAAAACAGACAAGGACGUUGUCUCAAACGGUGUAG